AUGUGCAUGCCUCUGUGGACCGUGUGUCCCUCAUUUGUCCAUUACAGAUUGUACCACAAACUUUUCAAAGAAGCAUGUGUUGCAUCGUAUGUAGAGAAGAGGAAUGAUGAUUCUAACAAGCAUCUGGAUAACUGCAAUGAAGAAGAAUGUUCACCAGAAUGCUAUGUUUUCGACUGUAGUAACGUGUCUGAGGACACCGUUGAAAUCGAGUGUGCUCCAGCUUCUGAUGUAAACGGCUCAGGUACAUCUGGAAAACCAGCUGAGGGGGCGACGUUAGAGGAAGAGUGGAUGGAGAUCUUUGAAGACCUCAAAAAGAAGAUGAGGGAGGAUCCUGUGAGUUUCAGGCCUGCAGUAGCAUCCUUCGUUUCCAACUUCAAGAAGAUGCAAACAGACUGAACUCAUAGCCGCACCAUCAAACUUUGGCAAAACCAACCCUGGACCAACAUCAAAGUUUAGCCGGGGACGGGCACGCCCCGCAAAGAGCUCCAUAGGAGAGCAUGGACAUGGCACAUGCAGCUGGAAGAGGAAGGCAACCCAUUCAAUGUCUCAGUGAAUGGAAUAACACAUGGACAUUGGGAGUACUACACAAAAAAAAAUAUCAUGUCAGCAUCAGUAGCCCCCUGUGCCCAUCAUCCACCUGCUCACCAUCUGUGUCCUCCAGUGCACUAGCGCUCUGCCCUCAAACACCACCCAUCUGCCUGCCAGCUCUAGGUCUCCUCCGCCUUAAACACAACCAGUGGCUAUUUCAAUGUAUAGCAUUCUUGCCUUUUGGUUUUACGUUAAUUCAAUGUAAGAUGUUUCUGCAAUUCCAUGUUGAAGGACCAGCAGCGGUUGUAGGGCUACAGGUCUAUACAAUCACUGAACCAAAACAGUAGUUGUCAUGACUUUCCUGAGUCUUAAAUAUAAAAAGCCUUUUUUUGUAUAUACCGGUAUAUGUUGUUCAUCA